AUGAUACGAUUACACAAAUUUCUGUGUUGUCUCAAGCUUGAAAUUGGUGGAUAUUUGAUUGGUUGGAUAAAUUUAUUCGCUUCACUUUUAGCAUUUCAUUACACUCUUGUGGAGCUUGGCGAUAAAUUUUUCCAAUUAAUUUUCUCACUCACCGGUGUGAUUUUUUAUGGAGUUGUAAGCUUUUCUCUAUUGAAUGGCGUCAAAAAGAGGCUUCACAUUCUGGUUCAACCUUAUAAAAUAUUUUGUAUACUUACAUUCAUUGUAAUAUUUAUAACGACCACCGCUGUUGUAGUCAAAGUAAGUUUAUACGGAUGGAAAAUAAUCGAAGUUUAUCACAUAUUAGAAGUAGUGCUGGGAACAAUCAUCAAUAUUUACACACUCAUUGUUGUAGACAGCUUACACAAGAAAUUCAGGGACGAGAAAUUCCAUCGAGGAGGAUUCAUUAGGACGAUUUGAAAUUAAAACAACUUUUAUAGAUUUUGUAAAGAUUUAUUCAU